UGUCUUAGUCCCGCCCACAGGAGAUGCGAGCGGAGGAGUCGAGGAGGGGAACCGAGGAGAGAGGAGGGGAAGCAGCAGGCAUUUAGAGAAAUGAGGAACCUUCCAAGGCUCCUAUAUGUAAACCUACUUUGGCAAUACACCUUAUUUGCGACUCUUUUAUGUUGAAGGCCUUUGCCGGAUAUCCGGGUCCGUUGGCUGCUGCUCAACCUGUUUGUUGAUCGAGAGGCGUUAUUAACAACCGGAGUUUUAUUAUAAGCCGGGUUCAUUUCUCUGGGGAUUAUAAGCGUCUCUUCCCCGGAGGAGGUGUCUCUUCCCCGGCAGAAGAUUCUCCCCCACAGAGAGAAUGAAUUAAACCCUUUAUUUCGCGACAGGAAACUAAACAAGAGGCUUUUUUUUUUUCCUCCUCCAGAUGUAGCAUGUCAGCUAGCAUGUUAGCUUGUUCAAACUGCCAGAUAUUAUGACGUGUUAGCGAGGGAGAAGCAGCUCUGGUUCUUGUUUAGUGACGUGUCAGGUUUAUUCUCCCCGGUUUUGAGGCCUCAUCGACGGGGGAAAUGGCCGGAAACCCCCGCAGAGGAGCCGGAUUUAUCGGGCUGAUGAAGGACGCUUUUCAGCCGCAGCAGCCUCUGCAACAGCCCGCAGUGGUGGAGAAGAAGAUGGUGGAGAAGUGUUGGAAACUCAUGGAUAAGGUGGUGCGUCUGUGCCAGAACCCGAAGGUGGCGCUGAAGAACAGCCCGCCCUACAUCCUGGACCUCCUGCCCGACACGUACCAGCACCUCCGCACCGUGCUGUCCCGAUACGAGGGCAAGAUGGAGGUCCUGGGGGAGAACGAGUACUUCAGGGUGGUGAUGGAGAACCUGACCAACAAGACCAAGCAGACCAUGAGCCUCUUCAAGGAGGCCAAGGAGAGGAUGUACGAGGAGAACUCACAGCCAAGGAGGAACCUCACCAAACUGUCUCUGAUCUUCAGCCACAUGCUGGCCGAGCUCAAAGCCAUCUUUCCUAACGGAUUAUUCCAGGGAGACAACUUCCGGAUCACCAAAGCCGACGCUGCCGAGUUCUGGAGGAGAUCCUUCGGAGACAAGACCAUCGUUCCCUGGAGGACGUUUCGGCAGGCGCUCCACGAGUUUCACCCCAUCAGCUCGGGGUUGGAGGCGAUGGCUCUGAAGUCCACUAUCGAUCUGACGUGCAACGACUACAUCUCCGUGUUCGAGUUCGACAUCUUCACACGCCUCUUCCAGCCAUGGUCGUCUCUUUUGAGGAACUGGAACAGUCUGGCAGUCACUCACCCCGGGUACAUGGCCUUCUUGACGUACGACGAGGUGAAGGCUCGUCUGCACAGAUUCAUACACAAACCCGGCAGCUACAUCUUCAGGCUGAGCUGCACUCGGCUCGGUCAGUGGGCGAUCGGCUACGUAACGGCGGACGGGAACAUCCUGCAGACGAUCCCUCACAACAAACCCCUGUUCCAGGCCCUCAUCGACGGAUACAGAGAGGGAUUCUAUCUGUUCCCCGACGGUCGAGCUCAGAACCCGGACCUGACGGGUCUCUGUGAGCCGUCUCCACAGGACCACAUCAAAGUUACUCAGGAACAGUACGAGCUUUACUGUGAAAUGGGUUCCACGUUCCAGCUCUGUAAGAUCUGCGCAGAAAACGACAAGGACGUGAAGAUUGAGCCGUGCAGACACUUGAUGUGCACUUCCUGUCUCACCGCCUGGCAGGAGUCGGAGGGUCAGGGCUGUCCGUUCUGUCGCUGUGAGAUCAAAGGAACGGAGCCCAUCGUGGUCGACCCCUUCCACCCGAAGUCUGGCGGGGUUUCCUUCGCUGGUUUCCAGGGGUCCAGCAGAGCGGAGGCAGCGACCAAUGAGGAGGAAGAAGACGACCGAUUGGACGAACAUCUCCUCAUGAGCAGGCUGGCCUGCAGCAAGGUGGAGCGCCCCCCCUCUCCAGUGUCUCAGCUGCCUCCGGUGCCCCCCCGACUCGACCUCCUGCAGAGACCCUGCAGCUCUCAGGGAGCAACAGCCAAG